AUGGCGGUAAUAUGGGGUUUAGACUUGAGGGAUAUGAAAUGGGGCAAAUUCAAGAGCUCAUAUAUGUUCGGAAACAAAGACUAUCACCUACGGAGAACAAAAUUUGUCGUCUAUCAAAUUGCCAUGCUAUGCUGUGUCGUUUCCGAGUCGAUCGGGACGGCAGCGCUUUCAGACUACGUCCAACAGCAGGAUGAAAUCGAGCGUCUACACUCGUCAGCCGCGGUCCACAAUGAUGACUUUGUCGGUAUGGCAUCAUACAAUAUCUUUGUCGGAGUUUCGGUGGCCACCAUAUUCGGUGCCGCCUUCUUCUUCGAUCUCUUCUUUCCUGAGAGGUUUGAGCCACGCAACAUUCGAUGGUCGUGGAGGAUAUCCGCUCUCGUCGUCACGCUCAUGACGUUUGCCGACGCCAUCGGCUUUACAGUCAUCGUGGCUACCGGCAAUGCUUGGAUCUCCGCCGAUAGUCAGGACGCCGCAGAUAUUGCUCGCGAGCAUCUGAGUCCUCCCCUACGGUACCGUGACAAUGGCCGAGCGAUUGCAAGCGUGGUCUUCCUGUGGAUUGGGCUGGUAGGGACGAUUGCUAGUUGCAUCAUCUUAUGGCUUUACUAUAAUCAUCUCGACACAUACGGACCGAAGUCUCACACCGCACGAAUGCGGGAUGAGGUGGACAAGACGAUCCUUACCACUGAAAGGGCAACCACCAACCAAACUCACCGCCAACAAGCGGCUUUGAACAUGAGGAAUCCAGUGGUCUGA